GUGCGAUGUUAGUUCCAAGUGCGCAGCCGUCCAGAGAUGGCGCUGACAGUUGGGGCCAAAGCGACACUGCUGGCUUUGUGCUGCACUGUGGCAACCGCCUUGUCCACCGGCCAUCAUCCUGACGCAGACGACGAUGUCCUUCAUCGUCACGUGAGGGACGAAGGCACCAGCCAUCAUCCCGACAUGGACGUGCAUGAACCACUCAUACAUUCCGUCCAGCUGGACGACGAAGGCCGCUACGUCCUCAGCUGGACGCCUCUGGACGAUGACGUCAUCUUCGAAGUUCAGGUAGCGGCGCUGGGGUAUGUAGGACUCGGCUUCUCACCCACAGGAGGGAUGACGGGAGCCGACAUCAUCCUGGGCUGGGUGACCGAGGAUGGGAACGUCACUCUCACUGAUCGCUACGCCAAAGGCGACGGUUCGCCGCUACUGGACGCGUCGCAGGACGUGACGCUCAUGAGCGGCCGCCGCAACGCCACCCAUACGACGAUGCGCUUCAGCCGCCCCUGGGUGACCUGCGACGACCUGCACGACCUGCCCAUUACCGCCGACACAGUCCGCGUAAUUUACGCCUUCGACGACGAAAUCCCGGACGCGUCGGCGCCGAAUCUGCCGUACCACGACCACCGCGGCACCAAGAGCCUCUAUCUGAAGGAGGCGCCGGUGGAGAUGCCUCCAGCUUCAGGAGAUGUCUUGCACUGGGAAGUCUUGGCUCCUAAUGUUCAUCUACCUAACAACCUGACCACGCUGUAUUGGUGCAAGCUCUUCCGCAUGCCAGAAUUGCGCACCAAGCAUCACUUUAUUGCGUCGGAACCUGUAAUCAGCAAGGUGAACAAGCAGUACGUACACCACAUGCUCUUCUAUGAAUGUCACAUCGACGACAGUUCGUCGCGCCUACAGCGCUACGUGGACCAGCCCGGCGUGCAGUGCUACGGACCUGACAUGCCACUAUCCUGGUACCGAUGUGGCCGCCCUCUGGUGGCUUGGGGGACUGGAGGGGAAGGAGAGGCCCUUCCACCCCACGUGGGCACGCCACUUGGAGAAGAGUGGAACGGAGCAACAUAUUUUAUGCUCGAAAUCCACUACAACAACCCGACUAUGACUCCUGAUGUGAUCGACAGCAGCGGGCUGCGUCUGUUCUACACGUCGACGCUGCGGCAGCACGACAGCGGUACGCUGGAGCUCGGGCUCCCGCCUCGCCCAACCCUGAUCGUCCCGCCUCAGAGCGCAGAAUUCAGGGCUGUGGGGCACUGUAGUCCAGCCUGCACCUCUCAGGCUCUGCCAGCAGGAGGGCUGCAAGUGCUGGCAGGCAUCCUGCACGCACAUCUCCUGGGCCGCGCUGUCACUCUCAGGCACAUCCGUGACGGCAAAGAACUUCCUCCUAUACUCGCUGAUCAUCACUACGACUUCAACUACCAGCAAAAACGACAACUGGCGAAGGAAGUCACGAUCUUGCCUGGCGAUCAUCUGAUCGUGACGUGCUCAUAUGAUUCAACUCAUCGCCUGCAGCCCACAUUCGGAGGGUUAAGCACCAACGAGGAGAUGUGUCUUGUAUACCUGACAGUUUACCCUCGUCCUGCCCUCUCGAAGUGCCAGUCUGAGCCUGACAUGCCCGCGGUGUUUCACUCCGUGGGGGUCGAGAGCUUCUACCCAGAAACUGGCGGAACGAAAAUGAGUUUACCGAAUAGGGCAUUGGGCGCUGGCAGCCAAGAAGAAAGGAUGAAGAACAUGGCAGCAAUGGAGGAGGCUCAGUACCGCAAAAUGGUUGCUUCGAAAAAUACAGACAUGCACGUAAACGAUAUUAUUUUCUACCAGCUAUGGAAUGAAACCAUAAUAAAGGAACCUUACGCACUUCAAAACAUGACCUUCCUUCAACUGCUCAACGAGAGGAACUUGUGGCAGGAUCCUAAGAUCCUGGCAGACUUCCAGCGCGCUUCCAGCGACUCUACUUUCGUGCAGGAGUUUUGCCUCGAUUCCAAAAUGAAGCAGCUGGCUGAACCAUCACUUCAUCACUACCCUGUGUUCGAGCCGUACGUUGCUCCAGCGAAAGACUGCGUGGCAGCAAAGCAACAUCCCAAAGAAAUUACUGGAUAAAAGGCACAGAAUACUUCACAGAAGAGCAUGCACAGAAAGUACACAGAGGAGCAUUCACAGAUAACUACACAGAAAGCACAAAUAACUACUCAGAAGAGCAUGCACAGAUAACUACAAACAAAAGCAUGCAGAGAUAACUGCUAAGAAAUGCAUGCAUGCACAUACAACUACACUAAAAGGCAUGUACAGAAAGUGGAAGAGAAGCAUUUGAGCCUAGAAUAAAUGUCUUAGGAAUAAUGACCUAAUCACCUUGUCUAAGCAGGAAUCGAGAACAGAAGAUGGUGUAAACUGUUAAAUGGUUCUGAGAGAAACCAAACAGAAAUUGUAUAAUAAUGAAAACUGUGGAAAUAGCAAAUGGAAUCAAUAAAGGCUAUCAAAGAAGAGCAUGUAGAUUCGACAACAUCUAUCUCUAAUGUAUGAAGCUAUUAAGUAGCUUGAUUUACAAUAUUUGGAGUUCGGUUGAUUUCUUGAUAUUUUCACAUCGAUUCUUUCCUUAUGUUACGAGUAUCUUUUUUUGUUAAUUCAAUAUAUUUUAGUUCAUG